AUGGAAACAAUUCUGAAUAAUAUUGAAUGUAGAACUGUGAAAACACCAAUGCAGUACAAUAGUAACAAGAUACUGAAAGAGAUAGACCAACAUAAAUACAUCCAGUUCUGCAAGAAUGAAUAUUGUAAAUUGUCAUCUUUCAUUGAAGAUUUAAAGAUUAACCCGGCAGAUCCUGUGUCAGCAAAAAAUCUCUCUGAAUUUUACAGCAAAGUACAUAAUUACCAAAUCAGUGCUGAAUUCAGAAUGAACUGUUUAAUGCUUUUUGAAAACACAAGCAUUGGUGAAGAUCAUCUGCAUAUCUGUUUCAAUAUUUCAAAUGAAAUAAGAAAGUAUUUGUUGAAGAAGAAGGCUGAACUAUUUACUGUCAUUCAGAGAACUAUAUCAAGGAGAGCAGUGUCAAAUGCAUCACAUGCACGUGUACGCUAUGUAGGUGGUUACUAUAUUGCAAAAAUAAGACAUAAAUAUAUACAGAAGAAAAGAAGCCAUAUGUAUAAGACAGAUGCAUCUGGUCAAGCAUUGUUUGAAGAAUCUGUGCUAGCUGUCAGUAUUCUAGAUGGGUUAAAGCUAGAUGAACAUCAUGUUAUAUCCACCACCAAUGAGCCAGAAUCUUUACUAGAUGUUAGUAGAAGACAAAAAGGUAAUAGAUCACUUAUCAACAUUUCGGAUGAACUCUUCCACUUUUUCAAAAAGCUAACAGAAAUAUGUUUGUCUCUAUUAAUUGAUGAAAAUUUUAAUAAGUAUGGUGGCAAUUUGUUUGAACAUAUCAGAACUGAAAUAAUGGAAAAAAGUGAUUUAUAUAAUCAGUUUUGUGAGGUUGUAGACAUCAGUAUAAAUAGAAAUGAAGAGUUUGAUUCAGAGACAGUUAAUAAAGAGCUCAGAAACAAACAAAUAAGUAAUGUGUAUAAGAAAAUUAUAAAAUUGUUCUUAAUGGUAAUGGUCAAUCAAUUCAGGAAGGAUAUCUUGGAAAGUUUCAAUAUCCAAAAAAAGAUGGCUCACAGGAAGCAAAUCAGAGUGUCACAGACAGAUAAAACAAAAUCUGACAAAGGUAAGGAGAGUAAAAAAAAAGUGCUUUAAUUGAAAAUGUAAGUGAGGAUCUUGAACAAGCUGGGCAUGUUUAUAAAAGUAAA